AUGACUACUUUUGGAAAAAUAGAAGAGUAUAGUAAUGGCCAAGAUUGGUCUAAAUAUGUUGAACGCUUAGGACAUUAUUUUGAAGCAAACGAGAUUGAAUGUGCUGAUAAAAAGAAAGCCAUAUUAUUAAGCGUUUGCGGGGCUCAAACAUACAGUUUGAUCAGAAACUUAUGUGCUCCUGAAAAGCCUGGUGAAAAAACUUAUGUCCAGCUGAAAGAACUUGUGAACAAGCAUCUCAACCCCAAACCAUUGGUGAUAGCAGAAAGAGUCAAAUUUCAUGAAAGAAUCCAACAUGAUGGAGAAAAUGUGAAUGAGUUCCUGGCACAGCUCAGGAAGCUAUCUGAACAUUGUCAAUUCGGUGAGUUCUUAAAUGAUUCACUAAGAGAUAGAUUUGUGAGUGGACUGAUAUCAACUCGAAUGAAACGUAAAUUAUUAACUGAAGUUGACCUAACUCUGCAGAAUGCUGUGAAAAUUGCUACUGGUAUGGAAUUGGCAGAAAAACAAGCCAAUGAAUUAAGUUGCAAAUUUGAAAAAUUGCCAGUAGAGGAAAGUAAACCAAAAGUUCAUAAAGUUCAAAAUAAUCAAAGAUUUGCAACGCGUUCUGAAAUUCGAAAAUUCAAAGAAUGUUUUCGAUGUGGGAAAAGUAAUCAUUCUGCUGAAAGCUGUUUCUACAGAAAUGCAAAGUGCCAUAAAUGUAAACGAAUUGGGCAUAUAAGUCGAAAAUGCUCAAUGCAACGUAACUUCAAUCGAGGUUCCAAUCCUCUGAAAAGUAAAAAGUCUUCAAAUUGUGACUACAUGCAACCUACGAAUGAUGAUAACCUGUCUUCGGACUGUUCUCAAAAUGAAAUGUGUCCUGUAUUUACUACUAAGUCUAGUUCUUAUGGUCCAAUAGUAGUUCCACUGAGAAUCGAAAAUUGUGAUUGUAAAUUUGAAUUAGAUACUGGUAGUGGGGUGUCACUCAUUUCUGAAAGCAUGUAUGAAAAGAAUUUUAAACAUUUGCCUUUGCUGAAAUCUAAUGUUGUAUUGACAACUUAUACUGGUGAAAAUAUUACUGUCUUAGGUAAAGUGAAUGUUACUGUUGAAUAUGAGUCACAGUGUGUAAAUUUACCUUUGCAAAUUGUUCGUGGCAAUGGUCCAUUACUAUUGGGUAGAAAUUGGUUAUCCCAAUUGCAAUUGAAUUGGCAUCGUAUUUGUCAUAUUGGUUCCAAGCUCACGCUUGAGAAUAUUUUGAAAAAGUACUCUGUUUUUGAUAAUUCCCUUGGUACUAUAAAAGGUAUAACUGCUAAACUAAGGGUGAAAGAGAGUGCCAUUCCGAAAUUCUACAAGCCACGUCCUGUUCCUUUUGCUCUUCGUGAUAAAAUUUCGGAUGAGCUGAAAAGACUAGUAAAUAUGGGGGUCCUGAAAAAAAUUGAAAGUUCUGAUUGGGCUUCACCCAUUGUUCCAGUAUUGAAAGCUGAUGGUUCAGUGAGAAUUUGUGGGGAUUUUAAAGUAACUAUAAAUCCUGAAUUGGAUGUCCCUGAAUAUCCCUUUCCUAGACCUGAGGACCUAUUUAGUAAAUUGAAUGGGGGACAGAAAUUUUCAAAGCUUGAUUUAUCAGAAGCUUAUCAACAAGUCUUACUUGAUGACGAAUCUCAAAAAUAUGUCACUAUUAAUACUCAUAUGGGGUUAUUUAGAUAUUUAAGGUUACCAUAUGGGGCAGCUUCUAGUCCUAGUAUUUUCCAAGAAACUAUGGAGAAAAUUCUCCAGGGAUUGCCAAAUGUGGGUUUUAUUUUGGAUGAUUUGAUUGUCACUGAAAAAGAUGAUGAUAGUCAUUUGCAAUUUCUUGAUAAACUUCUAUAUAGAUUGAAUUCAUUUGGUGUAAAAUUGAAACGUUCUAAAUGUUGUUUUUUGCAACCAUCUGUUGAGUAUUUUGCUUUUAUUGUUAAUGCAGAAGGUAUUCACCCUUCUCCGAAAAAGAUUGAAGCAAUAAUGGAAAUCCCUAGCCCUGAAAAUGUAAAAGAAUUACAAUCUUUUCUUGGUAUUGUAAAUUAUUAUCGUAAAUUUAUUCCUGCAAUGUCUACCCUUGUUGAUCCUUUUAAUAAGUUACUGAAAAAGGGUAUGAAAUGGAAUUGGAAUAGUGACUGUAAAAAAGCUUUUGUGAAACUGAAAGAUAUAUUGGUGUCAUCUGAAGUGCUAGUACACUAUGACCCUGAAAAACCAUUAGUACUUGCCACUGAUGCUUCAUCUGUAGGUAUUGGUGCUGUAAUUUCUCAUAUACUGCCAAAUGGUGCUGAAAAACCUAUUGCAUAUGCUUCUCGUACUUUAACAAGUGCUGAAAAAAAUUAUUCCCAAAUCGAGAAGGAGGCACUAGCAAUUGUAUAUGGUGUAAGAAAAUUUCAUGUGUAUUUAUAUGGUCGAAAUUUUAAAUUGUUGACUGAUCACCAACCUUUAACUAUGCUAUUGAGUCCAAAACGUGGUAUACCUGUUUUAACUGCAACCAGAUUGCAACGGUGGGCUAUAAAACUGUCUGCAUAUAAAUAUGAAAUAUGUUAUCGAAACACGAAAAAUAAUGGGAAUGCAGAUGCAUUAUCCCGAUUGCCCAUGAAAACAGAUCAGUCUGAAAUACGCGAUUGUUGGGAAGAAGAGGCAACGAUUAUGAACAUAAACCAGGUUCAUACGCUUCCCAUAACUCCUGCAAAGCUCCGCCAUGCAACUGAAAUUGAUCCAAAGCUCUCACGAGUGUUGAUGUAUACUAUAAAUGGUUGGCCUGCAAAGGAGGAAAUUACAAAUGAAUUGUUGCCAUUCCACAGGAGGAAAGAUGAAAUUACUGUGGAAGAAGGAAUAUUGCUGUGGGGAAUAAGAGUUAUUAUUCCUGAAAAGUAUAUUGCAGAAGUACUAGAUGAACUGCAUGAAAAUCAUCCUGGUAUGGUUCGGAUGAAAUCAUUAGCCAGAUUGCAUGUUUGGUUUCCGAAUAUUGAUGAAAGAAUUGAACAGAAAGUGAGAGAUUGUUCAAAUUGUCAGGAAGUAAGAAGUCCUGCGAAUAGAACGCCUGGAAAUCCAUGGAUAUGGCCUACGAAGCCAUGGCAAAGAAUUCAUAUUGACUAUGCUGGUCCAAUAAUGAAUGAAAACUUUCUGGUGGUGGUCGAUGCUCAUUCUAAAUGGCCUGAAGUUUUGAGAAUGCCUUCAACUACUUCUGAAAAGACUGUUGAUGCAUUGAGAUAUUUAUUUUCGAAAUAUGGACUACCCAAAAUAUUGGUAAGUGAUUAUGCUCCUAACCUGUCAUCGAAAGAGUUCAGAGAUUUUAUGAUACGAUAUGGAAUUAAGCAAAUCUUCUCAAGUCCGUAUCAUCCGUCCUCUAAUGGUGAGGCUGAAAGAAAUGUGCGUACCUUCAAAACUGCACUGAAAACUUUAAGGAAAUUACCUGGAACACUGAAUCAGAAGUUGGCAUCGUUCUUGUUAACUUAUCGAACAACGCCACAUUCUACAACGAAAUGUACUCCAGCUGAAUUAUUCAUGAAAAGAAGACUGAGAACAAGAUUAGAUUUAAUGAAACCUAAUUUGAGUAAUUCGAUGCAGAAAAGAACAACUCCAGUGCAAAAGCCUAUUAGAAAUCUGGAAGUUGGAAAUCGUGUUCAAGUUCGUGAUUAUAGAGAUCAAAACCGAAAAUGGAUUCAUGGAAUAAUCUUAAAGAAGUUGAGUCCUGUAACCUAUCGUGUAAAAGUUGGUUCAAUGAUCUGGAAAAGACAUAUUGAUCAAAUAUUGGACAUGUCUAAAGUGAAAUUAGAGAAAUCAUAUGAUAGUAGUUUGGAUGAUGACGUUUCAUUGCCUUCUGUGUUUCCAAAUACUGAUGUAAUUGAUCCUAAUGUUGAUAUCCCUAGUACUAAUGAAAAUUUACCUGUUAAUCCUAAUGUUAGUACUGAAAGUGAAACCCAGUGCCCUGAUGAAACAUCUGUUGAAAUUUCACGUUAUCCAAAACGUCUUAGGGUUAAGCCUGAGCGGUUGAUUGAAACAAUGUAA